AGAAGCAGCUCGGGAUUAUACACUGUUUAAAAGGGCGCUUUUCUAGAAGGCUGCAAACAUUAAGGGUGAAGAGUCGUGAAAUAUCUAGGAAUAUUGAAAAGAUUGUUACACGUAUCUCGCAUUGUAAAAUAUUUCGCUGACUGGUUACACAGGUUGGGGGUGGGAAAUGGAUACCAUUUAACAGGGUGUGUGAAACCGACCCACGGAGGACAAGAUUUUACAAUACUGCUCCUUCUGCAGCUACAUUUUAACACGGUUGUGGAUUGUGCUGAAUGAAGCAAGUUAGGAGUAAACCCACGUCCGGCCGAAGCUCCGUCAAGCCUCCAAUAGAGACAAAGGCGGGAUUGGAAUAACCACCUGCUAUCUGCAAUCCUACAAUGCAUCCUUAAAAGACAAACAAAAGACGUUAAAAAUCUUAAAGAAGACUAUUCAUUAGAUCGACAAAGGGGAAAAGAAAUAAAUUAUCAUAAUUAAUCCUAUCAGUGCUGGUGGGUGGCACGCUGUGUGUCCUUUAAGGUAAUGUUGGACACUAGUAAUGUUAACAUAUACACAUGCUUUUGUCGAAGGAGGCAGUCAGGGUUUCCACAGGAUUUUAGCCGCUUGGUAAACAACCUUCAGGGAAGGAAAAACAUGCUGCAGCUGCUGGCUGUAACGAAAACAACAUUUUCUGAAGUCACAACGCACACAUUUAUGUAAAACUAUAUUAGCGCACACUCGUGUACGCCUAAUUAUAAAGCCGCAAGUCAAAAAUGCCAACUGAUUUAGGAAUCUUUAACGCCUUUUUAAUUUGCACUCCCUAUGCAAGCUUUAUUUGCGCAAUCUGAUAGCCGGGUUGGAUAAUGCUAUGGGGGGCUGAUAUUUAUGAAUUGUAAUCGCGUCUCAAAAGAAAGCGACCUAUAUUUGCAUAUGUUGUUUACUUGUUUUAAUUGCAUUGCAGAAAAAUGAUUAAGAUCACUUGUUUUUUUCCCUCUACAUUAUCAUCUUCUUAUUCCCCACGUUAUAAAAUAUUUAGCUCCCCAGCCUUGUAAAUGUUUGAAUGCAGUUUCACCACACGUUUACCUCAUUCAUUUUCACUCCACUUUAUUACCAGCAUUUGCAAUGCCAGAUUUCUGCGGAACAUUUAUUCAGAUCUAGUUGCCCUUGGUUUAUUUAUGCAGUCUCCAGAAUUCAUCUGGGACCUCCCCUGCGUUUGUUGGGCUAAAGGGGCCCGGGUACCUCACGAGGCAAUUCACGACGUUUUAUAUACAUGCAUACAUACCUAAUAUAAAUACACAUACACAGACCUAUGUGUGGCUCUGUGUGUGCGUGUGCGUGUGAGAGAGAGCGAGAACUGCCGUUCCCACUACUUUCAAUUUUAAAGUUUUGAAAAAAACUAUUUAGCAAACUUUAUUUGCCAGGACAAAAACCAUUAUGUAUACAUAUAUCUAAACUAUAUAUGGUCCUAUUUAGCUGUCAACUUCAUGUAUCAGUUGGGAAACUUGUUUUUUUUUACAAAAAAUAUUCAAGGGUUUGGAAAGAUCCGCAGAGAUCUUGUAGGCAGUUUUGCUACCUCCCAUUGAUGCUUCUGCAGUCUGGGUGGUCCGUCCACUUUGGUGAGCUGUUGCUUAGCAGCUAAUAAUAGUAGAUGUUUGCUAAGUAAUUUGCUUCUUCCUUAGCCAAUGGGAAUCCGGUCGAGAGGACUUUCCAUCAACUCUUUUUGAUGGGCUGGAGGCGGGUUUUUCUCUCCAAAUGUUGGAUGCCUGAGAUCGGGGACAGAAGUAAAGAUUGAGCUGAAAGAGUUUUUUUUAUUCCAUGGUGUUAGAAGGACGAGUAAAAGGAGCGAGCGAGCGAGCGAGAGGGAGAAGACUACACGUGGAUGUAGAGUCAAGAUCCUUGAGGAUUUCUGCGCGAAAUGUUGGGAUGGAAAUAUCAGGCUUUCGCUCAGGAAGAGACUAGGGACUCUCCAGCUGUUAUUCUUGUCACUUUUGGGGAAUUAUUACUAUUGUUGUUGUUGUUGAACCAAACGAUCCGCGACUGGUUUCCAGCGACAUGGCUUCGGGUUCUAACCUUGCCCGGGACGGUGGAGCACUGCCCCCGAGGUACAGUCACCGAGCCCCGGCCGCUUGCUCGGAUCUGCUGCGGAGACCCAGUUACUGCCACGCUGCUUUCGCAUUGAAACAGAUCUCUAAGGGUAGGGCAGAGGGGCGCUGGGCUCCACUGUGGCUGCGAGCCCAUUUCCAGGCCCUGCUCUUCAGGCUGGGCUGCAGAAUCCAACGGCAUUGUGGCAAGAUCCUCUUCAUUGGUCUAUUGGUCUUUGGAGCUUUUGCUGUUGGCCUCAGAGUUGCAAGCAUUGAGACUGACAUCGAGCAGCUUUGGGUGGAAGUGGGAAGCCGAGUGAGUCGAGAGUUAACGUACACACGGGAGAAGCUGGGCGAGGAGACGAUCUUCACCACACAGAUGCUGAUUCAAACCUCGAAGAAUGAAGCGGAAAAUAUCCUUACUCAGGAGGCAUUGCUCCAACACCUGGAAGCUGCCCUGGCAGCCAGCAAAGUACAAGUCUCACUAUAUGGAAAGUCCUGGGAUUUAAACAAAAUCUGUUACAAAUCUGGAGUGCCUAUUAUUGAGAAUGGAAUGAUCGAGCGAAUGAUUGAGAAGCUAUUUCCCUGUGUUAUUCUAACUCCCCUAGACUGCUUCUGGGAUGGUGCCAAGCUUCAAGGAGGUUCUGCCUAUCUACCCAGAGGAAAGCCGGAUAUUCAGUGGAUGAACCUGGACCCAGUGCAGCUCCUGGAUGAACUGGGGCAGUUUACAUCUUUGGAAGGAUUCAGGGAGAUGCUCGACAAGGCACAAGUAGGACAUGCCUACAUGGACAGGCUAUGCAUACAACCAGAUGACUCUGAGUGCCCCAUGACUGCCCGAAACAAAAAAUCACUAGAGGCUCCUAAUAUUUCUACUGAGUUAACUGGUGGUUGCCAUGGAUUCUCAAAGAGGUUUAUGCAUUGGCAAGAAGAGUUGAUUUUGGGUGGUGUGAAGAAAAAUUCCCAGAACAUAUUGCUGAGUGCUGAAGCUUUACAGACCAUGUAUCUGCUGAUGAGCCCUAAGCAACUUUAUGAGCAUUAUAAGGAUGAUUAUGAAAUCCACGAUAUCAACUGGAACUUGGAGAAGGCAACAGCCAUUUUGGAAAACUGGCAACGAAAGUUUGUUGAGGUGGCUCACCAGGCCCUGCCUCAGAACUCCACACAAAAUAUCCAUGCCUUUUCCACCACCACCCUCAAUGACAUCAUGAGAUCUUUUUCUGAUGUCAGUGCCCUCCGUGUUGCUGGAGGGUACUUGCUAAUGUUGGCAUAUGCUUGUGUGACCAUGCUGAGGUGGGACUGCUCCAAAUCCCAAGGUGCUGUGGGUCUAGCUGGAGUGCUGUUGGUGGCAUUGUCAGUAGCUUCAGGACUGGGGCUGUGCUCCCUUCUGGGCAUUUCGUUCAAUGCUGCAACGACUCAGGUACUACCAUUUCUGGCCCUGGGUAUUGGCGUUGAUGACAUGUUUCUCUUGGCUCAUGCAUUCACUGAGACAGGUCAAAAUAAGAACAUUCCUUUCAAGGACAGAACAGGUGAAUGUCUGAGAAGGACUGGAACCAGUGUUGCUCUCACAUCCAUCAAUAACAUGAUUGCUUUCUCGAUGGCUGCUCUGAUUCCCAUCCCUGCACUUCGUGCAUUUUCCUUACAGGCUGCAAUAGUUGUGGUUUUUAACUUUGCUAUGGUGCUCCUCAUUUUUCCUGCCAUCUUAAGCUUGGAUCUUCAUCGACGGGAAGACAAAAGGCUGGAUAUUUUCUGCUGUUUUUCCAGCCUCUGCUCAACGAGAGUAAUACGGGUCCAACCACAAGAGUUUGCAGAUGUGAACGAUAUCCAUAACUUUCACCCUUCUCUGAAUGGAGGGCCAACAUAUACCCACAGCACCCAGAUCACCACCACGGUUCAGGCAUUUACCCAGUGCGAUCCUACUGGCCAACACAUUGUCACCAUCAUUUCUCCAACAUCUCAGAUCUCUUCAACUCCUUCAGUCAUCGUGCCUCCAGCCGAGCACAUUGGCUCCCAGGGAAUGGACCCCACUAGCUCAACGCGGGACCUACUGGCCCAGGUGGACGAGGCAAAGGUCUGCAGGAACUGUGUUCAGAUACCCUUCGUCAAAUGGAAUUUGACUGAUUUUGCACGGGACAAGUACGCUCCACUUCUUCUGAGGACUGAAUCUAAAAUUGUCGUGUUAAUCCUCUUCAUGGCCUUGCUUGGGAUGAGCCUUUAUGGAACUACCAUGGUUCAUGAUGGGCUGUACCUUACAGACAUUGUGCCUCGUGAAACCAAGGAGUACAAUUUUAUUGAAGUCCAGUUCAAGUAUUUCUCCUUCUACAACAUGUACAUCGUCUCCAUGGGAGGGUUUGAUUAUGCUGCAUCCCAGAAGUUGCUUUAUGAUCUGCACAGGAGUUUCGAUAGCAUCAAAUACAUUGUUCGUGAAGAGAAUAAAGAGUUGCCAAAAAUGUGGUUGCAUUAUAUUCAGGACUGGCUAAGAGGGCUACAGGCUGCAUUUGAUGAAGACUGGCGGACAGGGAAAAUCACGAGGGAGAGUUACCGUAAUGGUUCAGAAGAUGGUAUCCUUGCCUAUAAAUUACUCAUUCAGACAGGAAACAAGAAGGAGCCCUUCAACUAUAACCAGCUAUCGUCAAGGCGAUUGGUGGAUGAGGAUGGGAUCAUAAAUCCUGAUAUCUUCUACAUCUAUCUCACGGUGUGGGUUAGCAAUGACCCUUUGGGCUAUGCUGCGUCUCAGGCUAACUUCAACCCUCACCCCCCUGAGUGGAUUCACGACAGAUAUGACACAACUGGAGAGAAUUUGAGAAUUCCCGCUGCUGAGAUGAUCGAGUUUGCCCAGUUUCCUUUCUACCUGACUGGCCUGAAGCAGACCUCGGAUUUCAUCGAAGCUAUCGAGAGCACCAGAGCAAUCUGUGAGGAAUUCUCCAAGAAGGGGGUGCUCAGCUAUCCCAAUGGCUACCCUUUCCUGUUCUGGGAACAGUACAUUGGCCUGCGACACUGGUUACUGCUCACCAUCAGCAUCGUGUUGGCCUGCACAUUCCUGGUCUGUGCUCUUCUGCUGCUCAAUCCCUGGACUGCUGGCAUUAUUGUGUUUAUUUUGGCUAUGAUGACAGUGGAGCUGUUUGGAAUCAUGGGACUAAUGGGAAUCAAACUGAGUGCAAUCCCUGUAGUGAUCCUGAUUGCUUCCGUUGGAAUUGGAGUGGAAUUCACUGUUCAUGUAGCUCUGGGUUUCCUGACUGCCAUUGGGAACAAGAAUAUGCGCUCUGCUGCAGCUCUAGAACAUAUGUUUGCACCAGUGAUUGAUGGAGCAAUCUCUACACUACUUGGGGUCCUGAUGUUGGCUGGUUCUGAAUUUGACUUCAUCAUUAGGUAUUUUUUUGCUGUUUUGACCAUUCUAACAAUAUUGGGUAUCCUUAAUGGUCUGGUUCUCCUUCCUGUUUUGCUGUCAGUUAUUGGACCCCCAGCGGAGGUCACUCCGGCAGACAGAGGCAGUCAAUUGCCAACCCCUUCCCCUGAGCCUAUUCCACCGCCCAUGAACCAUCAUGGCUUCUAUGUUCAUUCAUUUCCAUGGCAGCAGAGCACGUAUCCUGAGUCUUCUGACUCCGAAUAUUACUCAGAAACCACGGUGUCUGGGAUCAGUGAGGAGGACCUGCCGCACUUUGACCAGAGUGCAUACAUCAUCCCACCAACUCGCUCACAGAUACUGGUGGAGUCUGGAAAUAACCCUAACUUCCCACGGGUUACAGUUGUGAAGCCAUACAAAGAUGUUAAGGAUUCGACAUACAAGAAGAAUAAUUUAAACUCAAAAGUACCACAUCGAUCUACUGUUGGUUCUGUUAGUUCUCAACUAGCCUGGCAAGAACCUCAAGACUUAAAUCAAAUCGCAGGAGAAGGGAGGCAACAUUUCUCCAACAAUGGACUGCACUGCAGAAGUGAUGCUCCACCUAUUCAACCUGCCAUUUCUUGUAGGAGUCAAUAUAGAUCUCGCAACAAUAGGACUCACCACCCAAGGACUACACUCCCAGCGUACUCCACUGGUAUGCCUGGAUCCAAUAACCCUUUCACUACAGUGACUGCCACAGCAUCAGUGACACUCUCUGUGCACCCGGGUGUAUCACAGACAUUUAAAGGAUACACACAUGAAGGGUUUGAGGACAGCAAGCCAGACUGUUUAGAGGAAUUGCACAUACCUUCCUCGUAUGUGAAUCAUGAGGAAGCAAUAGACUCCAAACAGGAAAUUUUUGAACGUCAGGAUGCUGAAUGUGAAGUGAAGAGCAUGCAAGCCCCAAGAAGGCAUUAGGUCGCCUCAAAUGAAUGUGGCAACCAAAGAAUGCUUGUGUUCCCCAUCAUCAUCCCAUCCCAUCCCAUCCCAUAUCCCAAAAUCCUCUGGGCUCAAGAAAUGUGUAAAACUGCCUAUGUACAUAAACCUCAUGAUGGAGACAGGAAGAUUUAUAUUAAAAUAUUAAGUUGGUGUUUAAAUAUAUUUUAAUACUAAAAAAAUCAAAAUGAAACAAACCUAUUUAAUGAUGUACUGUAUACUUCUGUAUUAUAUACUGUGUAAAGCACCAGAAAAUUCAGAGUCAGAGUUCUAAUGAAUGGUAAGAUGUGUAGACUGUGUACAAUGAAGAGAAUUUUUGUAACUUUGGGUACAGAUAAAUGAUAAUUGCUUGAUUAUUUUGCUGCUAUGCUUUUUAAAACUUAAAAGUUUAUAUAGAUUAGAAUCCCUAUUCUUUCAGGAUUUUCUUUCUAUGCAAGUACCUAGUCACUAUGAAAGACAUUUUGUUUUCAGUUCAGGCAGAUUGUGGUGUUUACAGAAGUGACUUGUCUUUCUCACAGGCCUGUGUGUGCGGAUGCUUGGGAUCGACUAUAAUUUCAUGUAAAAUAAUUAAACAAUAACCACAUUUACAGGCAGCCUUUCUGCCGUAAUGCAGAAUGCUUGUUUACCCUUCUUCCAUUGCAUUAGUUUCUCCAGCGGAUGGUGUCACAGGCAUUUGAGCAAAAUCAUGAUCUAGGAACUAGACCGUUGGCAGCAGGAAUGGCAAUGUGAUGCUGAAGGCAGCCACUAUUUUGCAUUACAAAAUGGCUCCUACUAAUUGUUGGCUCUUUUGGUUGCUCACUAAGGCUGAUCCUGCUGAAAUUUGAAUCUGGGCUUCCUUGGAGGGCUUAGUGACCGUCCUACUACAGUUCAGAACAAUCUCAAACCCAACCCUGGCAUUUGCUAAGUUAGUUGAUGUAAACAAAGGCUGGUGAUAGUAUGACAGAAAUGGUAUAUAAGCUCUCUGAGCACUUGGUGUCCUGUGUACUCAUUGUUAUCUGGAGAUCCUAGCAGGAGAAGAUAGGAUUCAGCUCAGUAAUGAUGCACAAUGUGGCAAACAACUUGUCCAAGCCCAAUGCUAAACCCUUAAAUGAACAAGUUGGUAAAGGGUAGUUGACUUGCAUGGAAAAAGAGCACAGCAGGCAAAACUUCAGGAAGGAAAGAAAGACAAAGAAACUGACAUUGCUUUUUAACGGUGUGAGAAACUAUGUGUAAGCUACUCAGAGGAAGUCAUGGUGAGCUGUUGUACCUAAAGCAAAUUCAUGGGCAUUUCAUUCAAUGCAAUUCAAUGCAUCAAAGUUCAUACCUGACAAAAUGAUUAAUACAAAAAAAUUGUACAAGGGCACAAGCAGGGAAAAGUACAAGGAUCGACAGGGCAGGAAAUCAAUAAAAUACCUCAUCUGAAAAUUGAUUUUUUUCCCUAUAUAUUUAAAAUGUUCUCAGCUCCAGGUCAGAAUGGGUGCACUCAAUACCCAAAAGUACAUGUCAACUAAAAUUCAAAAUGAGCACCCUGCUUAAUUUUUUUAAAAGUAAAGUUUUUAGAGGUUAACUAUUAAAUCUCCAUAUAUCAUUAGAUUCUUUCUAUAGUCAUCAAUUCUACAUAAAAUAAUUAAGUUACCUUUGUCCUUUUGUUCGCUGAGCUAGAGUUCCACGAGUCCCCUUCAACAUGGCAUUCUUCCAUGUAUGACUGGUGACGGAAGAGUGUCAGUAAGCUAUUAGAUGUGGAGCUCCCAGUUAAACUUAAGUCUUUCCUCAUCUGACAGACACACAUACAGAAAUUGCUGAAAAAUGAUCUGAUGAAGAAGCCCUUGAGAAUUUUUGCACUGAACCGGCUUCUCCCUGGAAAAGGGAAGACUGAGUGAUGGAGUUCUAUAAAAUGACAGCAAGAGUUUAUCUGGGUAGGCACACCAAUAUUACCAAUUCUGACAGGGUCAAAGAUGAGAGACCACGAAGACAAGAGAGUCACUAAUAAAUUCAGUAUUAGAGUUUGAUUAUUUUAACCCAGAGAAGGGUACAAAUAUGGAACGUGAUCAUGUUGGAUAAAUAAAGGGAAACAAUAUACUGUAUGUCUAACAGAAUCAGAUUUAUUAUCACUGAUUUAUAUGACAUGAAAUUUGUUUUGUGGCAGCAGUAGAGUGCAAGAUAUAAAAUUAUUAUAAAUUACCAAAGUAAAUAAAGACUAAAAAAAAGAGGAAUAACAAGGUUAAAGGGACAUCAUGAUUGGCCUUUGAGAGAAAGGGGAAAAAAUAUAUAUUUUGAUAGGUGAGAUAAAACGCUGUGGAGAGUCACUACUGGCAAAAACACAUUCAUCCACGUGACCUGUUCCUGUGUAGUGAAUUCCACGUAAUUCCCUCAGCUAGCCGAGGGGAGCCGUGUUACAUUUUAACAGUCUCAGCAUGGUCUCAGCUAAUUUAGCAUGGUUAGCGAUCAACUCAUGAUCUAAAGAGCUCAGCAGGUUAGUGCCUUAAUUACCUGAGCAAUUAGGACAACUUCAACCUUCUUUUUCCCCAAAUGCUUUAAAUGCCACGCACCAUCCCGUUUCCUCUUGCUCCGGAUCAGGAGCACGGGCUGUUCUGUCAGCAUUAUUCAGUGGAAUGUGAGUGAUUUCAGGAUAUUUAACAUUGCUUUUCCCACUACUAGAAGUGCUAUAAUGCUUAUGACCAGUAAGCCAUGCAUGAUGGUAACUGUGAUUAAUCACAACGAAUUUGAGAUUUUGUUGCAUUGUGCACUUCGUUCUGUGUAACUGGACUAUCUGUAAGCAUUUCAACCCCUUUCUGAGAAAGGGAGGACACUUAUUUCCACUCUGUUGACACUGGGUUGCCCAAUAACAUCUUCUCUUUCCCCUUAUACUGUGAGAAACUGCAUACUUACUCCCUUAUAAGUAGAUAUUUGAGUAUUUGUAAUCUAAAGUUUCUCUGUUUCUGCAACAUCAGUGUGAGAUGUUUGCAAUAUAGCACACUUAAAGGGGCUAAUUUUCCACCUACACUCCAUUUCCAUUCUGUUACUUUUCACUUUUGGCUUAACAUUUUCUCAAAGAACUUAGCAGUCACAGGUCGAUGCAAAUAAUUAUGCUCCUAGUUUGCAGCCCUUCUCCUAGGCAACUCUUGAUGCUGCAAUGAGGCCCGUUACUAAGAUGUGCACAAUUGUCUCCUCUCCCAGAUCAGACUUAACCUGUUCUGAAUUUCCUCUCCUGUUCAAAAAAAAGGUUCAAAAUGCAAGCUUCCAAACUAGUAAUCGAUUAUUCCAACAGUUUGAAUGAUAUUGCUCCCACCUAAGGAGUGAUAUAUUCGAAUAAUGUGUGCAGAGGAUUGAGUAAUGCAGAGGGAGCCCAUUUUUGUCUUUCAACAGAAUGAGAUGCUAAAUGUUCGUAUUAUUUUCAUUUGUCAUUUUUGCCCCAGUGUGUAUGUUCACAGAACAUGCAGCCAUUAUUUUCAUUGCAAACAUUUUAAGUGCCAAGUGUUCCUUUCCCUAACCAGACUGAAGAGAGUGGAUAUUCAUUGCCAGUAAAACGAAUGAAUGGAAGUGUUUUAAAUGAAUAGUGUUGAUUGUUGUUAUUGGUGGUGUUAUAUUUAUAUUUUUGUACAAUAUGGAAAAGAAAACAGUGUUUGUCACGGAGGUAUUUAACCAUAUCGCUCUGGAUCGUGCAUUGACUCACAUGAUUUGAAAUCUGUAGGAUGUCACAGUAUAUUGAUUUUGCAAUUUGUGCCAUAACUCCAAGUACAGAUCACUUGUGCUGACUGGUCUCAGUUCUGUUGAAAUAAAUGAUGGGCUUACAGAUGGCUGUCUAAUCAUCUCCAUUCAAGAGAUCCAAGCAAUUUCACACUUUUUUUUAAAAACUGCAGACUAUUAAUAGAUUAAAUGAAAUUGAGUGCUUCCAUUUUCAACAUUUUUUUCCACGACCAGUUCUGUUAAUUUUGCUAAAUUGUUCUUUUUUGUAUCUUAUUUCACGCCUUCAUAAUUUUCCUCAGGUUGGGUAACUUGGACCUAUUAACUACCGAUUUGUCAACAGCCCUAUCACUUGGAUGAACUCUUUAAAUUAAAACCCCUUAUAGACUUGAUCCAUCAGGUGGCUACUUCUCCUUUGGUUUGCCAUCUGAAAUUAUCCAUUUAAAUGCAUCCUGGUUUUCAAUUUACUAAAAAACAUUGGUGGAAUUUACAAAACAAUAAUUUAUUGUCUUUCAUUUGGUUUUUAAUAUUUCUUGCAAUAAGACGCAAGAACUAAUUAUGGUAGCACUCUAGAAUAGUAAAUAUUUUUACAAUGUCCUUAAUUAAUUAAUAUUAAAUCUGCUUCUUUGCUGUUCCUCCAGUCGUCUGGUUUUAAAAUGUUCCUUCAUGUAAGAUCCCCUGAAAAUAUAAAAUCUUCCAUCCCUCUUCUGAAAGACAAUUUCAACAUGAAUGGAACAGAAGAUACAUUUUGUAUGCAGGAGUAGAAAUGGCAAAUUCGUGAGUCCUGUGAUCUUACAGCCCCUAAAAUUCUCCCAAAUCCCAUUUUAAGAAACUUAUGUUCUAGCUCUGGUAUCUGGCUAAUCAUGUGGAGGGCCACCAGGACCACUGGAAAGGGGCUGCAAGUACAAUUUCAAUCAUCAGUUACAGUAAUGAUGUAAGAAAACAUUCCAAACUCUCUUCUCCCAAGUGGAUGGAGAGCAACAGUUUGUGUUCUAUUUAAGUAUAGGAGUGAGGGAGCACUGAGAAGUCUUGUUAACUGUAAUAUUUCAUCCUGCCAAUUACUAAAGGAACUGCAGCACAGAAAUACGCAUCUGUGCCUGCUGGUGCUAGCUCUGUGUUUACAUCCUUUGUCCAAUUGUGAGCAUGGUUGCCGAUCCAGAGUUUUAAGGAUUGAGCACUGUGAUUGGUCUAAUCACUGCCAUUCCAACAAAUGCAGGGAAUUUUGCUUUUGUUUUCUCUCUUGAAUUUUUUUUUACAAAUGUGUUGAAGCAAAAGGGGCUGCUUCAAAUUGGGGGAAGAAUUGUCAGUGGAUAAAUGCUGUAUCUGUCUAAAGUGUGAGGGGGUGGCUGAAGGAAAAAACUUUUAAUUGUAGGAUCCAGUAGAAUAAAAGUGUCUUGUUUCUUUCUGUGAAAUAAAAUCUUGUAAAUGGUAGUUACUGUAGUAGAAAAGAAAAAAUAUACCCACCACAUGAAAAAAAUCUAAUCUGUUCAUGGGGGCUUUUUUUGGUUGUUGGGUAUAUGUAAUCAGUUAAACUAUUGUAUGCCAUAUAAGUUAUUUAUAUAAAUUUUUAUUUUUGUAGUUGUACAGAAGUAGCCAUCUGACUGAAGUAUAUUUUUAAAGAGUAAAUAUAUAUUAUUAUAUUAUAUAUUGUUAAUUGGGUUCAUUACUAAGGUCUGGUGGCACGCCUCUUGUAUACAUCUGCAGAGUGAAGGAUGUGUACUAAACUGUUACUGUCUGUGUUGUCAUCUUGUUACUGCUCCUCACACCCUUCCCAUUCCUGUUCAAUGAGGUGAUGAAUUGGAAAUCUGGACACUGUGACCAAUAAGCCUGCUCCUUGUGACUGUAAUACUGCCAUGUUUAGUCUCCAGCACAAUAGGAGAUUAACUAACAAAAUAAAAAUAAACAUGAA